CGCCAACGUCGCCCGCUCCGGCCUCCGGUACGGGUUUGUGGCCAGGCAGGAGGCUCAGAAGUGUAUAAUACCGCCAGUCUUUUGGCAGGGGAGACGUCAGUUUACUCUACCACACCAUACACAUCACCACUACCAUGGCUCCAGUCGCUAUUGACAACCCCAUCGAGAUCGCCCAGCGCGACCCAGUCGCCGACCUCAAGGCAAACAACACCGCUAACCCGAGCGCUCGCAAGCCGCUGCCCAAGAAUCGCGAUGCCGUUCCUCACGACUACAUGUACCAGUUCAAGUACAACCAUGACCUUCCUCUUCACGGCAAGGAUGGCGUCGAGGUGCCCGAGGGAACUGAUCCCAAGGACGCUGCUCUUGGAGUGGUCUCUCAGCUUUCGGAUGCUCUGACCAAGGGCGACGCCCGUGCCUUUACAGACUUGUUCUGGGAGUUUGGCGUCUGGCGCGAUCGCGUCGCUUUUACCUGGGACUAUCGGUCCUUCAACUGGCAUGCUUCUAUCCUCAAAGCAGCCACCGACCUACUUCCCCAGAACCCGGUCUCCAAGGUCACCCUCAUCGACCCAGCUCCCACCGUCGAGCGUCCUUACAAAGACCUCUCUUUCAUCCAAGCCCACAUCCAGCUCAACACCGACAAGGUCGGCGCUACCGCCCUUGCCAACAUCAUUUUGACCAAGGACGGCUACAAGAUUUGGACUCUCAACACUGCUAUUGAGAGUCUCAACAACUUUCCAGAGCUGCCGGAGCGCGACGGUCAUAUGACUGGGCCUCACUCUUGGAAUGUCCAAAGGGAGAUCGACACCAAUCUGGACGGUGUGGAGCCUGAUGUCAUUGUGGUCGGCGCUGGUCAAAAUGGACUCAUGACGGCUGCUCGUCUCAAGGCACUUGGGGUCAAUGCGCUCGUGGUCGAAAAGAACAAGCGUAUCGGCGACAACUGGCGCGGCCGAUACGAAGCCUUGUCCCUCCAUCUUCCUCACUGGGCCGACCACUUUGCUUACAUGCCUUACCCCCAGCAUUGGCCCAUCUUCUGUCCAGCUUCCAAGCUCGGCGACUGGUUCGAGUGGUACGCUAGUGCUAUGGAGCUUAACGUCUGGACCGACUCGAGCAUUGCUGGGGCCAAACAGGACGCGGACGGCAGCUGGACUAUCGAAGUCAACCGCGGAGGUCACGAGGGCAAGCGAACUUUCCACCCCAAGCAGCUUGUCAUGGCCACAUCCCUCAUCGGCAUUCCCUCUGUCCCCACCAUCCCCGGUAUGGACAAGUUCAAGGGCACCAUCCGCCAUUCUUCCGAGCACGACAGUUCCCGCGAAUGGGUCGGCAAGAAAGUCCUCGUCGUCGGCACUUCCUCCUCUGGCUUUGACACUGCCUACGACUUUGCCCGACGUGGUAUCGACGUCACCCUCCUCCAGCGCUCGCCGACAUACAUCAUGUCGCUCACGCACUCUAUCCCCCGUAUCCUUGGGGCUUACAAGCCGGAUGACGAAGGGAGGAGGCCGGAUAUCGAUGUAGCUGAUAGGCUUGCGCACAGUAUGCCUGUCGGGCCUGGUGAAGAGCUCGGGAGAAGAUUGGGCGAAGAGUUGACGGAGCUCGACCACGAUCUGCUGCACGCCCUCGAAGACAAGGGGUUCAAGACCUGGCGAGGGCAGAGGGGGACGUCUACUCAGACGCUUGGUUAUACCAGAGCUGGUGGAUUCUAUUUUGACGCUGGAGCUUGUCAGCAGAUACUCGAGGGCAAGAUCAGGGUUGAGCAAGGUAGUAUCGACUACUUCACAGAGGACAAGGUAGUUCUCAACGGCGGCAGAGAGCAAGAGUACGAUCUCGUCAUCCUCGCUACCGGCUUCUCCAACACCAUCGACUCUAUCCGCCGCACCCUCGGCGACCAAGUUGCCAACCGCUGCAAGCCCGUCUGGGGCAUGGACGAGGAGGGCGAGCUGAACGGUGCUUGGAGAGCUGACCCGGGCGUUCCAAACUUGUGGAUCGUGGUGGGUACGCUUCAGGCCGCGCGAUACCACUCCAAGAAGGUUGCUUUGAAUAUCAAGGCGAGGCUGGAGGGUAUCGCGACCAAGCCGUAUACAGAGUAAGUGGGGGACAAUAGCUAGUAGAGCUGUCUUUCUUGAGAACGGGCUUGGAUAAGUUGUACGAUAUAGCGAUGUGUAGAAGGUAGAAGGGAACGUAAGCAUUGGCGGGCUCGAAUCAGAAGUUCAUGCAAUUGUGUGAUCUCCAUUCGCUUGCAUCAGGACAAUGGCAGCUGGAGCUGUUAACGUA